UUUCUCCGACACUGGAAAUCAAACUCAACCGUUAAUUCUUCAAGAAAACGCCUCGAGAUCCGAACUCACUUCCACUUCCCAACUCUAUAAAUCCACUUCCCCACUCCGGCAACCCAAAUUCCGGAACUCUGAAGUCGACUUCCAAAUGGCUCAUCGGAUCCACACUUUGGUCAUCGUCCUCAUCGUCUCCGCCGUUUCCCCCGCCGUUUCCCGUCCGCGUUUCCGAGAAGCCCCUCAGUUCUACAACUCCGCCGGGUGUCCUCCACCGCUGCCGCCGUCUCCGGCAGCGGAAUGCCACCGGGAAGCUCUCGUCCACGUCGCCAUGACCCUCGACGUGACCUAUCUCCGGGGAUCCAUGGCCGCGAUCCACUCCGUUCUCCAGCACUCAUCUUGCCCUCAAUCCAUCCAGUUCCACUUCGUCGCGUCCUCGCGUAUCCCCUUCCUGAACUCCACCCUGGGAAACGCGUUUCCAAUGCUCGCCUUCAAGAUCUACGACUUCGACGACCGCCUCGUCGCCGGCCGGAUCUCGACCUCGAUCCGCGCAGCGCUCGAUCGACCACUGAACUACGCCCGAUCUUACCUCGCCGGAAUCCUCCCAUCCUGCGCCGGCCGCGUCGUCUACCUCGACUCCGAUCUCAUCCUCGUCGACGACAUCGCUCGCCUCGCCGGCACUCCUCUCCCUUCCGACGUCGUCCUCGCCGCGCCGGAGUACUGCAACGCUAAUUUCACCUCGUAUUUCACACCCGCAUUCUGGUCUAACCCUACCCUCUCCCUCACCUUCUCCGAUCGCAAGCCCUGCUACUUCAACACCGGCGUCAUGGUCAUCGACCUCGAUCGCUGGCGCGCCGGCGGCUACACCGAUCAGAUCGAAGAAUGGAUGGAUCUCCAGAAAAAGAUACGGAUCUAUGAGCUCGGAUCACUUCCCCCUUUCCUCCUCGUCUUCGCCGGCCGAAUCGCCGCCGUUGAGCAUCGCUGGAACCAGCACGGCCUCGGCGGCGACAACUUCCGGGGACUUUGCCGGGAUCUUCACCCCGGUCCGGUGAGCCUCCUCCAUUGGAGCGGCAAAGGGAAGCCAUGGGUUCGCCUCGACGCCGGCCGGCCAUGCCCUCUCGAUGCCCUUUGGGCUCCCUAUGAUCUUCUCCAAACCCCCUUCAAUAUCGAAGAUUCAUAAACACGUCCUCCAAAACCCGAAUUAUAAUUUUCUACAAGGGUAUAUACGCAAAAAGAAAAAAACCAAGGGUUUUUUUGAAAAAAAAAAUAUUAAAUUUUUAGAUGAUUUUUUGUGAAGCAAUAAUGAAUGGAGGUGUAUAUACACGUCAUGCAAUUUGUAGAUAGCUCUAUGAGGGGUAUUUUGGGAAUUAAACAGACGUUCAUGGAAUUUUUUUGCCAUUUUUA